UGUAGCUUGAGGUGCGUAAGAGAGAGUACGGUGCGUCGUAUCGUCUUUUUGUCUCUGUGUCAGCUCGAAACCAAAGAAGAUGGAAUAUCACAAGCUAAACAGUUUAAGAGUCACAUGUUUAAUAUUAGGCGUAAUAAUUUUCGCUAAAGAUGCGAACUGCUUGGACUGCUACCAGUGCUCGAGCAGCGAAGAUGCCUUCUGCCCUGAGCAGUUCUACGCAGGAUACCACCAGGGGCGCGAGGCGGCCUUCGAACCCGAGUCCUGCAGCCACGUGUUCGAAGCACGCUACUGCGUCAAGACCACCGGCAUGUUCGAAGGAGAGCUGGGCACCAAGAGGUUCUGCUCGGCCCGAGACUGGGGGAACUUCUGCGAGUGGGUGCAGCGCCCCGGGGAUGAGCGCGAGUACCGGGCCUGCGUGUACACCUGUGGGCUCAACGGCUGCAAUGGUGCCACCACUCUCGCAUUGUCUUCCGUGCUUCUGAUGCUCUUAGUGCCAAGCAUUUACCUAUGCAGGGUUGCUCUGAUGUCUUAGAACAUUAUAGGGUAUUUAUCUAGCCAAAGCAAGAUCACCACAGUGUUCAGGUGAAUUGCUAAGUCCACAUAUGUGAAGUUUUAAGUGUGAUCUCCCGAGACUUUUUUGUGGUCUUUGUAGCAUAGCUGUUAUGAAGAUUCUGAAUCACAUGGGAAUGUUUGCCCUUUAAUCCAGUCCCUGUUUAAGUGUACGUGGUCAAGAACAUAGGGACAGGCAGAAAUCCAUAUACUUAAUUCAAAAGGUCCUUGUUUAUAUAAAUGUAAAUAUAUGUGAGUACUUGUGGCUUUGUAGAGCUAUGUGUAAAUGCAUUAACUUUGAGGGUUAACAGUCAGACCUUCUUGCUAUAUACAAGUAACUGUACAUAGUUGUGAAAGAAAUAACACUACAUAUCAUCACAAAGUACAUUGUUUAUACUAGAGAGAUGGAAAUCAGUAUAAUUCACAUCUAAGUGCAAAGUUCAACAUGCAUCAGCGAAAAGAGAUAAAAUAUAUCACAUUGUAAACUAUUUUUAUAUUUGUGCUUAAACUUAAGCCACUCUCUUUGAUAUGAAAGCAGUAUCAUGCAUUUGAUAACUGAGGUAUAAUUUGUAAUUUUCAAGAUCCUUGAGAUGAAACCUUUUAAGAUCCAAUUAGAAGAUGAUACGAGUUAUUCCAUACUUUUAAUGGAGAUUUUGUUCUUCCUUUUGAUGUAAGGAUACUGUAUGAUACACCAGCGUGGUUUUAUGAAUAUUUUUAUUUUUAUGUGAUAGGGUGUUCUUUGUGAGCUGAAUGAUGAAGUUACAGAAAAAAUACAUAUAUUUCAGCAUAUCAAAGAGGUCAGAUUAUUAUGGCCAUUUUCACAAACAUAGAAUAAAGUAUAGAACAAAGUUUUUCAAUUUUGUUAUAUACAACUAGAUAUCAAUUACUUAACGAAAGGUUGAUAAUUAUGAUUUUUUUAGACUAACUGUAGCAGGACUUUCUUUCUGUAUCAAGUAUUUUUCAUCGUGUGUUCAAGUCAUUCAAGGCAUUGCAAUCUUAUUUAAUUUUCUUCAAUGGCCUUUAUUUCCUUUAUACUUGAAUAUUUGAAGCUGGCAAAGGAAUUUAUAUUUGUAAUUUCUAGGGCCACAAGCCCCUAAAUUAACUUUUUUUUUCUUUCUUUUCUAUUCUCUCCACUCAUCAGUGGCGUAGCUAAAGAUGUGGGGAUCCGAGGAUAGCUUCCAUAAGGGGCUCCCUAACAUUUUUUUUUAGUUUUAUAUAUACUGUAUAUCAUUUGGGGCUCCUUUAGUUUCUUAACUUUACUUCCUCUCCCUUCCCCACUCUUUUCGUCCACCUCUUUACUCCAUUUGUUUGUUUGUCUGCCACCGCCCCCAUUCGGCCACUCAUGCGCGUGCUCGGGGGACGGUGAAAAUUACGCCCCCCUCUUAGCUACGUCAUUGGUGUUACAUGUGGUUUCAGCUGUACAAGUGUUUCACUAAUAAUUUUGUAUCAAUUAUGUGUGUGAGUUUACAUUUUUAUUUACAAGUUGUAUACAUUAUUGUUUUUAUACUAAGUGUCAAGGUCUUACAAAUGUUAUGGAAUGUAUUUUUUAUUGUACUGAGCAGUAGGUAAAACUUAAGAACUGCUAAGGCGUAUAUAGCGUGCAUUCUCUUCUACUGAGUGAUUUUUUUCAAGAAAAGUGAUUUAGAAAAUAAUGCACAAUAAAAGUACAUAGACAAAUUUAAAUGUAAUUCUCUUAUUUUCUGAGAUGGUUGGGAAAUGAUGUUUAUUUUGUAAAAGACAGUCGAGUUUAAUGUGUGAAUCUCAUGAUUUUUUUUUUAUCUUUAAUUCCCUUCCAUUGAAUUUUCUUUCCGAGUCCUGAGCCAGGGCUGUGUUAAACCUCUGCAGGAAAUUUAUGCUUCCAAAAGCACCAGGAUUAAAUGUUCUUAUUGAUAACAGAGUUUAAAAUUCCAACCUACUCUCUAUGAAAGAUGAUGGAACAGUUUUUCAAACCUUAACUGAAUUACUUUCACUACCAGAAGCAAACAAUUGUUUAUAUUUUGAAGUUAUAACGAAACAUUUUUUAAGUAAUGAUAUACAUGUUUGCAAAAUGCUGUUUAAAGAAAAGGAUAUUGAACUAGAAGUCCCCACCACAGUUUUAGCGUCUGGCUAGUCAUGGUAGAACGGCACGGGAAAGUUUCGACUGUGGCCAGAUAUUAGCAUCCCUGUGAAGAGCAGGGGAUGUAGAGAGGUAGAGGAGUGCUGGAUCGCACGUCACGGCCUUUGUGCUUUCUGCAAUCCCUCGGGGGUGAAGAGUGGGCACGGGGCUUUAAUAUAUGACGUAGUAUACAUUAUAAUGCUUAUACUGCCCAUUUGUUCUGUCACAUGUAAACAGUAUACUCAUGGAACGUGUUUACCAAAGAAAUAAGAUCAUAUUUUGUAUUUUUUGACUACCAUUUUUUUCCUGGACCAGUGUUCUUAGUCAGUAUCAUCUUUCCUCCACAUUCAUCAUGAAUACAUCAGUGUAUUUUUUCUCUCUCAAUUUAGUGAUCAGAACAGAUAACUAACUUGAAUACACAUUAGUUAUAUGUACAGAUACUUGCCAAAAUAAGUAUCCAUGUUAAUGAUGUAUUUACUGACUAUUUUGUUUGAAUAAACACUUUUUGGCUAAUCUUG